AAGCUAAGAUCUGUUCUACACAAACGGGGAGCGGUGCAUUUGGUGGUAGAGUGGAGAUUGAUUGAGCGCGUGUCCGAGCGGCUCCCCUCACUUCCCGGUUGGGUUCAGUGUGUCAGGAGCGGCGCUUGGCCGCCCGGUUGUUAUUUAUAACCCACAGAAAUUGGACGGGACCCGCAGCAGAGCGAGACAACCGGAAAUAGCAUGCGUACUCCCAGCUUGUCACGUACGCUCGCUGAGGAUUUGCAUUUGUGUAGGGCUUCCGUAGACAUCCCACCUUCCCAGCAAACGUUUAAAAGGUGGACAGACGCAAACACGGAGCUCUAAAGAGGCGGCGAGGCCAGCAGUCGCAGCGGAUCUGGGACAUGAAACUUCUGGAGGUUGCGGCAGAGCUCCUGACAGCAGGAGAAAGCUGCGGCUCAGCCAGAAAAUGAGGCGAGGACGUGUGGUACGUGCGCAUCCAGCCGACGAGAUGAAAUGGAGAGUUUGCGACUGACGGAGAGCUCCCCCCGUGGAUCCGUCGCCUUUUCAGAGUCGCAGGAGAGGAGCACGAGCGGCCAGCAGCGCGUGUCCGGGCCUCCGGAGGUUCACGCCGGCGCGUACCGGGCGGACAUGGGUCUGAACGGCUUCUGCUCGGUGCCGGUCGGGAGCCAGACGGCCGCGGAGCUGCUCGCGGAUAUGGCCUCUCAGACCAACUCCCCCGGAAUCACGACCCCGACGACGCAGUCUAAAAGCGGCGUGCCGCUCAACGUCGGUGUGGUGUCUCCCUCCGCCACCGUGGAGGCGAACCAGGCCGGUGUUGUAGCUCACACCCCACAUGGCUACCCCUCACAGGGCGGACAGGCUGGCCCUGCGCACCCCCUCAUCGGCAUGUGUCUGGUGGAGAACGCGGACAGGGGCGUUCAUAGGUUCAAUGGGGACCUGAAAAUCAGACCGGCUCCGCAUCAGAAAAGGAGGUGUGGGGAAAACCGGGACACUGGGUCAGAAAUCCAUAGGCCUAAUGGUCACGUGAUGGGGUCACCUGGGUUAGGGGGCUCUUCAAAUCUGGUUUUCCCACCCGGAGAGUCUGACUUGAAGCGGAGGAAGCUGACAGAUGGAGCUGUUAUUAACAAAUCACCGGAGGCCUCCAGAGUGACCCGAGGAGUUGCUCUCCUCCCAGUCUCUGUCAACAGCAGCAGCAGCGGUUCCCAUAGCAACCCCAACCUGGCUCCUGUUGCUUCUCAUACUAAUCAGCGCAACGGGUGUUUCGUGGCACCCUCAGACUCACCAGCUGCACCCAGCUUGGCUUCUCCCUGCAGUAUGAGCGCCAUCCCGGCGCCAUUACCUCCUGCAGGUACUGGCUGGUCUGCCGAGUCCAUAGCCAAGCAAUACAUCAUCCCCUGCAUGAAGUACUACGGCAUUUGUGUGAAGGACAACUUCCUUGGGCCACAGUUAGGCAACAAGGUCCUAAAGGAGGUGGGGGAUCUGAGUCACAAUGGGGAUUUUAGAGCUGGUCAGCUCGUGAGCCAGAGGAACAUUCCUCCGGGGAGCAUCCGAGGCGACCAGAUCACCUGGGUGGACGGUCAGACCGACUGUAAGUACAUCGGGACGCUGAUGGCUCACAUUGAUGAGGUUGUCAAGUACAGCGCUGCAAACGGACAGCUGGGGGACUGUGUCAUCAACGGACGCACUAAGGCCAUGGUUGCUUGUUACCCUGGGAAGGGGACGGGUUACAUCCGUCAUGUUGACAACCCAAACGGCGACGGACGCUGCAUCACCUGCAUCUACUAUCUUAACAAGAACUGGGAUGUCAAGAAGCAAGGAGGACUGCUGCAGAUCUACCCUGAAGGCAAAAAUGUGGUGGCCAAAAUUGAGCCUUUGUUUGACAGGCUGCUCAUCUUCUGGUCUGAUCGCCGGAACCCACAUGAAGUCAAACCAGCCUACGCCACUCGCUACGCCAUCACAGUCUGGUACUUUGAUGCCAAAGAGCGGUCGGAGGCUAAAGAGAAGUACAGAUUAGCAAGCGGACAGAAGGGGGUUCAAGUGCCUGUCACUCAAAACGGCAGGUCCUAAAUCUCCUGAAGCAAUUGGCGAGCGCUCUCAAAGUAUUCUGUGCCUUUUUUCGCUGCUAAUGGACGUCGUUAAACAGUCAGUCGCUGCUGCAGCUGCUUUCUCGAAUCACACCACGGCCUCUGGUGUGAGGGUCAGGCCGAUCGGAGUUCUAGAGUCCGGUUAUACUCGCCUAGAUGGCGGAGGUGAGAUCAGACUCAGGAGACGUAGCAGCAAAGAAAACUUCCCUCUGAGUCGCCCUUGAAGACCUGAAUUUCUGGAUUUUAAUAAUUUUUUUCUUUCCCUUUUUUUUUUUUUUUUUUUUGCCUGUUAUUGUGUACGGACAUGUGAACAUUUGACUUUGUUCUGCCGAAUGUGUCAUUUAAAGUUAAAACACAGACGUUAUGUGUGGAGGAACAGGUGGAAUCUGUGUCCUGGGUUCAUUAUUCUUGUUUUCAUGUGGCGUAGUCACCUAGUCGGUGUGUGUGUGUGUGUGUGUGUGUGUGUGUGUGUGUGUGUGUGUGUGUGUGUGUGUGUGUGUGUGUGUGUGUGUGUGUGUGUGUGUGUGUGUGUGUGUGUGUGUGUGUGUGUGUCCACGACAGAAAGGUCCUGAUCUGAUGAUUAAUGCUGAGGUAAAUAGACUUUAUCAAGCUAACAACAUAUUAUAUAUACAUAGAGAGAGAGAAAAAAACAGUAUGAUCUUUUUUCAACUCUGGUUUUUGAAUAUGUGAUGCUCCAUGAGUCUCACCCGAGUUGAGGUCCAGAUGGACUCUGUGUUAUGACCAACAUGACAAACCUGUUGCAGAAAGCCUCUCAAAACAUCUGCAACUCUAACAGACCCAUGGGGCCAGUCAGGCUCCAACACCGUUAAAGCACAGAUUCCAGGAUGCCCUGUGUGAAGAGAUGAGUGAAACCAGGUUUUAUUUGUAUUAUUUUUGCUCUUGUGUGCGAUCAAGUGUUCCUGUGUUCCUUCACACAGCCAGGGUCUCAGCGUUUGUUAGAAUGGUUCAAACAGAAGAUUUAUUUUUUAAAUGCACUUUAUUUUGUUUCAGACGCCAUUUGUGAAUGAUGGACAAACAUUUGGGUUGAUGUGGAUGAUGUGAUAUUCAGAUUCAAUACAAAUGAUAACGGUGAGAACAAAUAAAAAUGGUUUGCCUUUUUUGAA